AUUCUGAAGACCCUCUUCUCCAAGUAACCGCAUGAAUUUGGCAACUUAUCUGCAUUCAUCACACAUUAUAUAUAAACCAAUUUACUUCCGGUUUCAGGGAAUAGUUUCAAAUUUAAUGCUUCCACUUCCCAGCUGUUCUUUUUAAGUUUUAACGUUCUUUUUCUUGGUUCUUUUCGGCCUAAUUUAUUUUUUCUUGAAUUUUGUUCAAGAUUGUGCUUAUGAGUUUUUUAGUUUAUGUUUAUUUGAGCUAUUAAUAGUUUCUUUCAAUCUAUAUUUACCCUUUUUGUGUUUGUCCAUACUCAUUCUUUCAAUCUACGUAACUUCUUUCUUUGUUCUUUUUCUUGGUUUUGAAAAUAAUUUUCAGACCCAAUAUCUCGUUUUUUCCCCCUAAUUGGAUUGUAGACCAAGUUAGCUACUUUUCUUUUUCAAUGGGAUCAAUUGAUUGUUAUGCAAUGGGAAAUCAACCUUCAUCCCAAAUCAAAAUCCUUAAACUGUUUGAUGAUUGUCCACAUAGUUCAAACAUCAAAACUCCAUGUUCUGAGGCUAAUCUUGAAGAUCAGUGUGAGCAAACUUCUUUUGCUUCUGAUUGUGAAAGCGGGAUUUCUGGUACCGGAAACAUGCAAGAAAAUCCUAUGUUCGAGAAUGGGUUAAUCAGAGUUCAUGAAAAGGAUAAGAUGUACGAGAUAAUCAAGAACAAAUUUCUUUCUGGUUUGAGCAAUUGUGGAUUUCAUAAUGAAGUUGAGGCCAUACAUAAGAAGGUUUAUUCCGGUUUUAUGUGUCAAGCAAAAUUUCAGUCGUUUUGUAUAUAUGCACGAGCAAUGGAGCAGCAUUUCAGGGGCGGCGCCAAUGUGAAAUACGCAUGGUAUGGCGCUUCCAAGAAUGAGCUCAACGACAUUCUUUCACAUGGUUUUGGCCAUCCCAUGAAUACUGGAGUAUACAGAGGUGGAAUUUGUCUUUCUCCUGCCGAUCACCCUGCUGAAAGUUUUCCAUCAUCUGUUGCUGAUGAGGAUGGGCUUAGGCAUUUGUUACUUUGUCGUGUUCUAUUGGGAAGGACGGAGAUUGUUCGUCCUGAUUCACGACAGUCUAAUCCAAGUUCCGAGGAAUUUGAUUCAGGGGUUGACAAUUUAGCUUCUCCUAAAAAGUAUAUUGUCUGGAGCACGCGCUUGAAUACUCAUAUCUUGCCAGAAUACGUUGUUAGUUUCAGAUCUUCGACUGGUUUGGAAGGUUAUCAAAGGAUUUCUCGUCCUCUGAGAAGACCAAGUUCGGAUUUUGUUCCGUUUUCUGCUCUCAUAAAAGUGCUUUCGAAGUUCUUACCUCCUGAUGCGAACAAAAUGAUAGCCACGCAUUAUGGCGAUCAUAAAGAGAAGAAGAUGACACGGCAUGAAUUUAUUCAACGAUUGAGAAAUAUAGCAGGGGACAAGUUAUUGCUAGUAGUCAUAAAGUCUCACAUGGACAAGAUGAAAGCACCACAAAUCAGCUUCUUACGUAACCGCAAUAAUCGAGGGGAGAACUCGGGCUUGCAGGAAUGGAUGACACCUUUGCGAUAGGCAUAACUAACACUCAACAGAUACGUUGACAAGGAUACUACUAACAUUCAUAGACGAGCUCAAUUAUUCGAUCAGACAGUAGACGUAAAUGGUACUUUGUCGUACUUUUUCCUUCUAGAUACUGUAGUUGAGACUUUAGACCAGGCAUGGUCUGUCUACAAAUGUAUUUGUUACUUAAGAAUGCUAUUAGGCGCAGUUUGCACGUCAACUACUAAAUACUAUUGUUUCUACGCCAAUCUUUUAAUGUUGGAUCAA